GCGUAGUACGAGAUAUACACCUUUUGAAAUUUUGGUCGGUACCAAAAUGAAAAAUAAAGAAGACCUGAGAAUAAAAGAGAUUUUGGAAGAAGAAUUUUUAAAUUGUACGAUGCAAGAUAGAGACAAGAUUCGAGAAGAUGCCAAACAAAACAUCUUGAAACUACAGGAGGAAAAUCGUAAAUCCUACAAUAAGAAAAGAAAACCAGCUCCCAAAUAUCAGGUCAACGACCUUGUUGCCAUUCAGAGAACUCAGUAUGGGACAGGACUCAAAUUAAGACCUAAGUUUUUUGGACCUUACAAGGUUACCUCCACGAUGCCUAGAGACAGAUAUGCGGUUGAGAAAAUUGGUCAUCACGAAGGGCCCAAUGUGACUGUUACUGCAGCCGACCAUAUGAAGCCAUGGCCCAUUGAUCUUGACUGAUAUCAAGAACUUUUCUAAAACAUUUCUAACCAUAUUUUUUCUUGUGUUGUGUUUUAUGUUUGUUUUGUACAGGUGUUUUUAGUCUUUCGGUAAUCUCUCCGAGGACGGAGUGAUCUACAGGAUGGCCGAGCUGUGGAAUGUGAAACGCGAUCUGCUGACGAGAGACGAAGGGGCUGGGAGAGGGAGUCGAGGAGAGGGAGGACGACGAGAGGAGAGAGGGGACGCGACUU